AUGACUUCUACCAAACAGCUUUUGGUUGACUUACACGUUAAAUAUAUUCAAUCCCUUGAUACGAAAAAGGACGACUUGGAAUAUUGGCUCACAGAGCACCUACGCCUCAGCGGUAUCUACUGGGGCAUAACGGCUCUGGACUUGUUGAAAAAUCUCGAUGCUCUUAAUAAAGAAGACGUGGUGAAGUAUGUGGUCUCUUGUCAACAUGAUAAUGGUGGUUUCGGGGGUCACGUUGGUCAUGACCCGCAUCUGACAAAUACUCUUUAUGCGGUGCAAAUUUUGUUGAUUGAAGAUGCAUUGGAUGCAGUUAAUAUCGAAAAAAUAGUCGAAUAUGUCGCAUCUCGCCAAGAUCGUCAAUCGGGUGCUUUCACGGGUGAUGAAUGGGGAGAAGUUGAUACGCGAUUUUCGUACUGCGCACUUUCGUGUCUUUCCCUCUUGAAGCGUCUCGAUGCCGUGGAUGUUGACAAGGCUGUUGAGUUUAUUAUGCUUUGUAAAAACUUCGAUGGUGGAUUUGGUAGUACCCCUGGAGCCGAAUCUCACGCUGCGCAAAUCUUUUGUUGCGUCGGUGCUCUUGCCAUUGUCAACUCCCUGCAUUUAGUUGAUGCGGAUUUACUUGGCUGGUGGCUCUGCGAACGACAGUUGAAAAAUGGCGGAUUAAACGGUCGACCAGAAAAACUUGAAGAUGUGUGUUACUCGUGGUGGGUACUGUCCGCGCUAAGUAUCCUGGGUAAAAUCCACUGGAUAAAUAAGGAAAAGCUGAUCGAGUUUGUUCUAGCGGCUCAGGUAUAUACACUUUGGAGUCAUUUUCUGGCUUUGACUCGCACAUUUUCUAAUGCAAAGUCAUUUAAGGACCCCGAAUCUGGAGGAAUUGCUGAUCGGCCGGGCGACAUGGCAGAUGUGUUUCAUACUCUUUUUGGAAUUGCUGGUCUAUCAUUACUAGAAUAUCCGGACUUGAAAUCAGUUGACCCGGUUUACUGUCUGCCAAAAUAUGUUGUUCAAAGAAUUGGUUUGGCGGAAAGAUAUCACGUCUAA